ACGCAAUAGAAAUCAAUUUCAUUCCAUCUAAAUAUCAAAAUAUAGGUGUAUUCAUAAUGUCGACAAAACAAUUGACAUCGAUAUCCAAAGAUACAUUUGAAAGCUUGCUAAAUUCCAUUGAUGUUGUUUUAUCGGACUGUGAUGGUGUCUUAUGGAAAGAAAAUGAAGUGAUAAAAGGAUCACCCGAUACUGUGAAUAAACUUACGGAAUUAAAGAAAAAAUUUUUUUAUGUAACAAAUAAUAACACGAGAACGAGACCUGAAUUUGUAGAAAAAUGCAAAGGACUUGGCUAUAAAGCAGAUAAAGAUGAAAUAGUAUGUACAUCAUUUUUAGCAGCAGCAUAUCUUAAAGAAAAACAGUUCAAGAAAACAGCUUAUGUAAUUGGAAGUAACGCAAUUGGUAAGGAAUUAGAAGAUGUAGGCAUCAAGCAUUGUGGUAUCGGACCUGAUCUUAUGGAAGGAGAUGAAUUGGAUUUAGUAAAGGAAUUUGAACCACAACCAGAUGUAGGUGCUGUAAUUAUAGGUUUCGAUAAAUACUUUAGUUAUCCAAAACUGUUGAAAGCCACUACUUACUUAGCAGAUCCUACUGUUUAUUUCAUUGGAACGAAUUGUGAUACAGAUAGACCUUCUCCAAAUACAAAUAAAUACCCAGGUAGUGGUUGCUUUAUAAGAGCUCUUGAAGUAGCUAGCAAUAGAUCCGCCAUAAUGGUUGGGAAACCAGAAACAUUCCUAAGUCAAUAUAUUAUUAACAAAUAUAACUUAAAUCCUGAAAGGACAUUAAUGAUUGGGGAUAACCUUAAGACCGAUAUUCUUCUGGGAAAACGUUGUGGAUUCAAAACAUUACUUGUAUUAUCAGGGGUGACCACAAAGUCCGAUAUAGAAUCUAUAAUAUCAGGCCAAAAACAAGAUGACCUCGUGAUACCCGAUUACUAUACCGACCAAUUAGGAGAUGUGUUCCAUAUUUUAUCAAAUAAUUGAAAAUAAGUUUUGAAUUAAAAAUAGUUAACAUUAUUAACAUAAUUUAUGGAUAGAUUUCAUUUUUUAUGUAUUGCAAUCAUGAAUAGAGAUCUUUAUUUUGUUAAAAUCUUUAAGUAUAAUUCCAUCAUGCAUCGAUUUUUUCUUGUAACUGAUUUUUCUUAUCGCUUUAUUAGCGAAAUUAUAUCAUAAUAGCAGUAAAGGAACUUGAUGUCAAUAUUAGUUAAGAAUUAACAAUUUAUCUGAUAACGCACAGACGAAAACAAUAUUUUUAUUGCAAAAUAAGAUCUUAUUUUUCCAAUGUAUAAAAUGUUAAUGAUGUGUAUGUUUGAGUUUAUAUAUUUUUCUGAUAUAUAAAGUCUUAAUGAUGUGUAUGUACGAGUAGUCUGUACAAGCAUCUUGAUAAAUUAGAAUGUUUAGAGAAUUGAUAUAGAAUUUCAAAAUCACACAUAUCUAAAUAAAAUAAAUUAAUAUCUU